CCACGAUCUUCGGAUGAAGAGUACUUCUACGCCUCUGCCAACCACCUCCCUGCUGGCACAUCAAGAGGACCACGCGGAGCAGGUGCGCCGUCGUCCGCGUCGCACUAUGUAUCAAGCACUUCUAAUCGCACCAUCACGGGCGGCGGGACGGGUCAAGCUCACGCUCAAAGUCAUCACCAGCAAGGCAGUAGUUAUCACAACUUGGAUUUCGAACAGGACGAGCGGGAGAACUUUUUCCGUGUGGACCGGAACUUCGUGCCCGCGCAGCUCGAUGGGUACGCGAACAUCUGGUCCGACGGUCUGGAUGCCAGGGUGUUCCCGAGUUCCACGGUCCUAUUCGCGGACUACAACUCGCGGCCGUAUACCGGUGUGGAACACCGGGCCUCGGAGGUGGAGGUGGAGCGAUUUCAGGGGCGGGACGAGAUGAGCGAAGAGCAUCAACAUGAACUUUUACGACCCGAUAAUGUUGAAGGCGAGAAUUAUAUAGCUGGUCGUCCUCCUACAACAGCUGCCUACACUAACGCCCUUGAUCAUGAGCUGUAUUACGACCAGAACUUCGAGAAAAGCGCUCGGGUCGCGGAGGCCGACCGGCGGGCUGCUUUGCUGCGGAGACAGGAACAACCACGAGGGCAAGACAACUACAAGUACCCCGGGACGAGGGAGCUGCAAGGACAAGACAACUACAAGCAACAACAGGGAACUCUCGAAGGUCGACCAGGCAGCAAGCCUGGAUCUAGUAGUACCGCUUCUGGACCACGUGACGAUACGCAGCGAGGUGGACCUCAAUAUUAUGACGACCUGGAUGAAAAUAAAUUGCGAGAUGUUGUGGAAAACCUUCACGCGGCCAUCACGAGUCGCACUGUGAGUCGCGGCAGUGCCGGAGCGUUGGGUGUGCAGGGUCGUGUAUUUGAUCAUGCAGGUGGUAGUUCUUACAACAGGGGCACCGGCAGCUACAGUACAACUAGAACGAGCCACCAGGUGCAACAUGAUCAGCGUCCGCCAGGUUCUUAUUCGUCCUCGUCGUCUGCCGCACGGUCUCUGGACCCCACCAGCGAACUGCGGAGGCUGCUGGAGGAGGCGAGUUACCAAGUGCAAAAAUGUCUGGGUCUGGAAGGUGGUAACUUGUGAUGCUGUCUUUGGAUUCCAAGAAAAUCUGUAUUGCAUGACCAGCAAGAGGACUCCAGUUUGUGCUACGCGGAGAGGGCAUUUCUCAUGCGGUAGAGGCAUCGCAAAGCCCUCUAAAAAUCUGUCAUGCUAGAAGAGCAUGCAUCACAGACAUCAUGGGCCAUUCAAAAUAUGCAUGACAAACCUGGCAAUCUUUCAGACCCAGACAUUUUUGCAGUUCAUACGAGUUACGGCCUGCUGCAGAAUUACCGCACGGAAUCCGACCGGCGGCGCGAGUAUCAAAUGCAAAAAUGUCCGGGUCUGGAAGAGUCGGGACUUGUCAUGCACAUUUUGCAUGACCCGUAAGGUCUGUGAUGCUGGUGCUAGCAUCACAGAUUUUUUGAGAGCUUCUCGAUGCUAAUUACGCAUGAGAAAUGCCCUCUCCACGUGCCAAGAACUGACUCCUCUUGCUGCUCAUGCAACACAGAUAUUUUUAGAAUCCGCAGACAGCAUUACAUCCAGACUCAGACAUUUUUACAUUUGAUAGCGAGGAGCAGCGGGCAAAUCUGGCGAACUUCGGGCGCGCCGCGGGGCGGGAGGGGAUUUUGCGGGACGGCGCCUUCGAAUACAUCAUGGACACGGACCUGGUCGGCGAGCAGAGAAGCGUGCACGAGUAUGCUGAGUAAAAACGUCCCCACCCCAGAGUUGUCAUGCAAGUCUGCAUGCCAAAGAAGUUUCCUAUGCGGAGCCCCAUGAGAAGCAUUUUCUAGUCGUGUUUUGGAGUUUGUGAUGCUAGAAUCAGCAUGAUGUGCUAGAUCUGUGAUGCUGCUGAACUAGCGAAACAGGAUCACACUAUGAGGGCAAACUUGUCAUGCCAAACAGCGAAAGCUGGUUGAUUUGUCUAGCACAUUUCCCAUCUUGACUCUGGUGCGGGGACGUUUUUACUCAGGAUGACGCGCCGCAGAUCUCCCGGACCAUCGCCCGGUUUGCCGAGGCGGCGCACGACUCCUUCGGGAAUUGGCAGCACAGCGACCACCGGGAAAAUUUCUACGCCGAGAACCAGCAGCAAACCCUGCAGCACCGCGAGUUCCCACACUCCACGAGGCUUCCAAGGCCCGAGUACCUCCCGCCGCCGCCGCCCGGGGAUCAUUAUGCUGCACCAGGAACUUCUUCAACUUCAUCUACUUCUGUGGAGAAAAUUAUAACCUCCGACGGGGACCACGGUUGUACCCCUGCGUCCGCUGUGACAGGCUUUCCACAGUACGACGGACCGAAGUUUUUCGACGACCCGCCCACGAAUGGUAAAAUAACGACCCCGCCGGGUGCAGCAGGGGACGAAUCACGUGUCGUCCCGGCGUCGUCCGACGAGGAGAGAAUCGCUGGUGGUGCGCAUCUUCGUGGUACAGCAAAAGCUCCUGGUGCUCCGUUUCAGCCACAGGCAAGAGCAGGAGUUGCCGGUGUGGCAGACGUGGCGGCGACGCACCGGCAAGAUGAUUCAGCUGCUCGCGAGUUGAUGUACAACCACGCCGCGGGCGAAGGAGGUGCCCCUCCAGCACGGGUUGUUCGGGCCACUCCCGCGAACCAUUCGACAUCGCUCGGGAGCAAAGGCGGCGUGUACAAUUACAACGGGACCACGAGCGCGUCGUCCGCCAGCCGCCCCUCGCCCGCCCCGCGCACGCGCGUUGGUGGAAGCUCGUUGGGUACGUGGCGCAGCAGCGGGCGGAGCGAGAUGUCCACGGAGUCCGAGAACGAGGGGGAGGGGCCGGAGGAACUGCAUCAGCAGCUUGGCGAGGACUUCUGGCUCGCCGGGAUCCGCGGCACCUACGAGUCCAACGCCGCGGACUACUGGGCGGACCUGGGCCCCGUGUGGCAGCCGGACGCGGUUGGGUUCCCCGAGACCACGAACAGCAGGCGUGGCGGCCGUGGUGGGACGAACCAGCAGGGAGGGUCUCGUCCGGGAAGCUACAACAGCACGAUGACCAGCGGUGGUGGUGCAGGAGGACUGAGUAGAGAGACUGCUGGAGGUGCGAGUGCGACUACGUCCAGAAUGCCGCCCAUGCACGAGCACGAGGAAGACCACUACUUGCGCGACGAGUUCCAGGAGGGGCACGAUGGACGAGAAGCUGAAGUUUACGGGAGGACAACGACGUCGAGAGGGAGCAAAACUACAACUUCUGCUACAAAUAACCGGGCGGGAAUAGACUACAGUGGUACAACUAGCCCAGCUCCGCAACAAGAAGGAGCUCGAGUUGAUGACGAGACAGACAUGAUCGGAGUAGAACUACACCAGGGCACCAAGAUGAAAUUAGGUUCUACUUCCUCGCUGGACGACUCGUCCGCCCACAACAAUUCCGUCCGGUCGGAUUACACGUACUACGCCAAUUUUGGCGACGAGAUGCGCGAGGUACGCGCGUUGCGGAUUCAGAGCUCGGCGGCGCGGAGGGACUUGCGGGACGAGCAGAUGACGAAGAUUUUGGAGCGCUGCAAGGUGCUGCACGGGCACUUUUACAAGCUUCCCAUCGAAUUUACCUACAAACCCCGGCCCGACUGGACAUCAGCCGCGUCUAAAGCGGGAGCAGCAGCUCCAGGGGCUAGUACUUCUUCGAUGACGGCCCAAAACGAGUCGCAACGGUUGUUCAAGCGGCG